AUGUCAGUCAAUGUUUCUGUUUCUCAUCCUCCAUCGCCUCCUUCGAGCAAUUUCCACAACUCUGUUCAAGCCCGUACAUCUAUUAAGAUGCUUUUAAUUGACGAGGACGAGGAUGUCAGUAAGAAGACCGAGACGGUCUCCACUUUGGGAAAGGAAUCAGGUGAUUAUCCAUACAACAAGGCUCGAAGUCAAACUUCGCCAGUUCCUUCUGCAAGCUCUGCAAUCAUAACUCCAGUCACGACUCCAUUCUCACCUACAGAACAGGAGCAGGAAAAACUCAAAUCCCAGUUAAACUCGGUCAAGUCUCAGUUGCAAGACACUGACUCGGACUGGGAUCAAGAAAGUAACUACGCGUUCAUCUCUCAUUCGCCUUCUACCUUUCCAUACAAACAGCCAUCAAUUGAUAACGCGCAAUUGGCUCGUAGAAAGCGUCGUAGAACUUCCGCUUCAGAACUGUCGGUUCUUGAGAUGAAGUUUAAAGCAUGUCCCAAACCCUCGAAAUGGGUCAGAGAGCAAAUUGCCCAGCAAGUCGGAAUGACUGAAAAGGCGGUUCAAAUUUGGUUUCAAAACAAGAGACAGUCUUGUCGUAAGAACCAGCUUAAAAUGGAGUCUCAAAUUGAAAGCAUGUUGGAGAUUCCUUUUUUAAAUAACGAGAACUCUGGCAAUGCUGAUGCCAAGACCCCAUCUUCUGACUCUGUCAAGACCGAGUCAGUCACUUCUAGUAAUACCACCACUACCACAACUAGAACCAGUCCCACUUCGACUGCUACUGCGACCAAGGAUUCAUUGGUACCUAUUCUUCAUCAUCCCAGACCCCAGUCUCUGCUCAGUCACAUGGCCCAGAACAAACUACCGCCCAUUUUCCCUGCUGCACUUUCAACUCCAUCUGCAUCUCCUUCAACUAGGGCAUCUUCGUUCACGAUUUUCUCAGAUUCCCCUGCUGCUUCAACUGCAAACCUAAGCAUCUCCUCCACAAGCACCACUGCCUCGGCCAGUGCAUCGCCCAUUCAAACACCUGGCCUCAGAUUGUCCAUGUCCUGUGACGGCAAAGCUGAAUUAGUAGUAACUAAAAAAGUCACUCCCGCUGCCACCGCUACCAAUACCACCGCUACUAGCAAGACCGCUGCUGCUACUCCAAGAACACCACUAGGAGCUGCCUCGGCGAACGCUCUCAAUGGCAAGCGUCCUCAUCCCAGUCCACUUAAAACAAAAUCAUUAUCGGCUCCUGCUGUACCAAAAGAUUUCCGCGAAGCAGAAUGCAUUACAAACCUGCUAUCGCUUAGAUCCGGCAUUUGGAACUAG